AUGUCUUCAGUCAGGGAGUUAAAAGAAUCACCAGUGGCCUCAGCUCAAGCGUAUGUUUUACAGUUUAACAUUGAAGACCGAAUAUGGCUACCAAGUGGUGGGACACGCUCACUUUCAUGGGUUCAAAUUUUACAACAAAAAGGUUUAGAUGCUUAUCGUAUCGUAGGUUGGCGUCAGCCAGAUAAUCAGGUUGUUGUUAAUUCAGUGUUAAAAGCUGGACUCGAGUAUCAAAUACAUGGUCAAUUUCAUGAAUGGCGUGAUCCAAUCACUUCUAGAGUAUAUGGUUUACAUUUUCCGGAACAAGAAGAUGCUGCAAUGUUUUUGAAAACAAUCAAUUUUAUUUUGAAUAGACUGACAAAUCCUGAUUGCAAAAAUGUAUUUGAUGGUGAAAACAUAAAUAUCAAUUCACAGUCACGUGAAUAUGCACAACCGUUUAUUUCAAAUGCAUUAGAUUCAUCGAAUAAUCAUGCUACCACACCAAAAGGUUGUACCAUAGUUAUUAAUCCAGCAAAUGUUGGCACCGAUGGAAUUGAUACGAUAGAAAAUAAAACUACUCUACCAAAACAACCGGAACCCAAUGAAUUGGCAAAUUAUGAAUAUCAAGAUCAUGUUAAUCAAUCUAAUCAAAUAAAUAAAUUGAUAACUGCUACUACUCUGACUAAUAAUAAUAAUAGUAGUGGUAGUAAAGAUCCUGGUGCAUUUGAAACACAUCGCCGUCAACUAUCUUCUACAUCAUCAAUCAGUUUAGGUUAUGCUACAGGUCCUGGAACAAUUGCAACUCCUUCAUCUGCCUCUUCAUCAUCUACUAGCUACGGUUAUGGUUAUGGAUAUGUAGGUUCAGGAAGUUUAGCGAGUUAUGCAAGUACUAGUAGCAGUGGAAGUAGUGUUGGUAAUGGUCCAAUUAAUGGUAAUUAUUUGAGCACAAUGCAUCGUCUUAGUAAUCAAAAUUUGAGGAAUCCAUCUUUAACUGGAGAGUCUAUCAGUAGUAACUGGUCAGGUUUGAAUUCUCAAGUUUCUCGUGAAAUUGUUAAUCAUUCAAGUGUUGCUGUUAGCACAAACAGUUCAAAUUCAUCGUCAGUGUUAACAACAUCAGUACCGGGUAGUAAUAAUAAUAAUGAUCAGAAUAAUGACGAAGAGUUAGCUAAACAGUCAGAAUCAUCUGGAUUAGCUGCUAUGCUACAAGAAGCUAUUGCUGCACGUAAACGUAAUAAAGAAAAUCGAUGUAAUGCUUCAAUAAAACCAAGUAUUAAUUCAACUUCUUGCAAUAAUCCGAUAAUUUCAACUACAAAAUCCCCGCCGCCACCACCACCUCCAGCGCCACCGACAUUAUCAUCAAUUACUCAACCGAAAAAUGACAAAACCAACCCAAUAAAACGUACAGAUUCUACACAGCAAUUAAGAAAAGAUUCGAUUGAUCAAAAAUCCUCUAUGCUAGCUGAAAUUCAACGUCGUAUACAAGCUAGACGACAAUUAAUCGAUGCUGCUGAAGAAGAAUGUGGUUUGCUUAAAAAAGACCAUCAUUUGGAAUCGUCAAAAUCUAUCUCCAUACCUUCUGAAAAUACCGGUGUUAUAUCGACUAAUUCGAUCGAUUCAUCAUUGAAUAGCCGAAAUGUUAAUACAUCUAAUUGUUCCACAAUAUCAAAUAUUAUAAAUUCUGAUUUAUCACUUACUCGUUCAGAAUUGGAUAAUUUACGUCGUGAAAUUAUUAUUGAACUACGUAAAGAAGUUCAAUUGGCAAAAAAUGAAAUUAUGGAUUGUAUCAAAUUGUAUAAAGCUGUUUAA